CGACACUCCUACCCCGGAAAUCAUCCGGAAGUUCGGCUAUUUACACAUAAUUCUCCUACCAUGUGUUUACGUUCGAGUCAUACCUGAAACGUGAACUUUUUACAUGCAAAUGUACAUGCAGGUGUCUGGUUUUGUUUCUUAUCAACCUGUACAGUUGGAAGUAGACGUCUGUUUCUGAUAACCCAUUUGUAGACAUCUUAUUUUGGGUAAGUCCAUCAUGAAUGAAGGACAUACUUAGCGUACUGUACUGUCUUUUCACUACUUUGUUGUGAGAACGUGAUCAAUAUCAACAUGAUGAUCGAAACGAGCCGGUGGAGCUUGGUUGCGGAUAUUUUCUUUUCCUCGAACAAAUCGGACAAGCAAACCACGCAUUGCCUCUGUUCCAGAGCCUUUGUACAGGACCGUGAAUUAUAUUGCUCUGACAACAGAUACCUCAACUCUAACAAGGCCACAUCUGAACCGCAAGAUCUUGAAGACUUUGAAGAAGAUGAAGGAGAUGUAGUGGACGAUGAGGUUGAGGAGGAGGAGGAGGAGGAGGAAGAGGUGGAGGAUGAACUGUUGGAUGAAGAGGCUCAACUGAUGGCCAGCAUGGGUCUACCUGUUGCCUUCGCAAGUCACUCUGUAAAAAAGAAAACCGUUAGGAGAGUGAAGCGGAGAGCUCCCAACCACUGGGCGGCGCCAGCAGAAGAGGAGGAGGAGGAGGAAGAUGUGGUUGACAUGGGAGAAAAAGAACAGGCAGAGAAGGAGCAAGAAAGACUGCAAGCAGAGGGCCAGAUGGUGACAGAAGCAGCAGAGGAGACACCAGCAGAGACACCAGUAGAGACACCAGUAGAGGCGCAGGACGAAGGCUGGGAGACGUACUGGGCUCAACAGGGCCAGGCACUGCUGUGGCAGGGCUGGCUGGAGAAGCACCCAGACACCGUGAGCCCUCCCUGGGACGACGGGGACACCCGGGCCGCCUGGGACCAGCACGCCGCCGAGGCCUACUACGGCUACUGGGACCAGUACACGUACUGGGCGGCCCAGGGCUGGACGGCCGGCGGCGGAGGGGAGGGGGGCCACGACGAAGGGACGACGGGGGAACCGGACGCCGGCGCCACCGACCCUGGAGACGACGGAAGAGCCGUCGGGGCGGAAGAGGUGCAUCAUGGGACGAGGGGUGACAUCGCUCAGCCGGGCGCCGCUGGCGGAGAGGCUGACUGUGAGGGGCGGGGGGAGGGCGAGCGGGGGGGCGGUCUGGUGGAGCUCAUGGUGGGGAUGAGUGUCCACACCGCCGCGGGGGGAGAGCAGAGCGGCGGCGGCGGCGGGGGGGGCCACGGUGAACCGGUCGACGGCGGUAACGACCGCAAGAGAGCGGGCGGCAGCAGCACCGACGCAGAGAACCGCGGUCCCGAGCAGAACAGCGGCGCCCGCGGAGACCCCCAGGGAGCGGACAGGAGGGGGGCUCACACCGGAGGGGGGGAGGACGAGGAGGAGGAGGACGAACUCCCAGGGGGGGGCUCCAAGGUCAAAAGAAGUCAUGAGCUUGACGUGGAGGAGCUCCCUGGUUUAUCCACCGAGGAGGCGUGGGAUAAACUGGGCCUCAAGCGCAAACCUGACGCCCUGUUUGACAGCGUUCUAACAUUCAAACCCAGUCCGAGCCAGAAGAGCCGGCGGUCUCACGUUAAGAAGAGAGGCUCCGCCCAGAAGGUCAACAAACACACCUUCUUCCCUGAGGAGGACCCCGGCGCCACAACGCCACUCAUCAGCGCCACCCUCCAGAAGGUGCAGGGCUUCCUCCAGAAGGCCCAGAGGGAGCGGGAGCAGGCCGUCCUGGUCGCUGACCUGGGCCCUACAGGGGGCCCCCGGGACCCCAGCAGGGAGGCCCCCCCACCCCCGCGGGACGGCACCCCCAGAGAGGGGGGGGCUGAGGUGAUGGAGGAGGAGGUGCUGGAGGAGAAGAGUGCGACGGUGCUGCAGGAGGUGAUGGAGGAGAAGAGUGCGACGGAGGUGCUGGGGGAGGUGAUGGAGGUCCAGGAGAAGGGGGUGCCGUGGAUGUAUGAGGAGGUGCAGGAGGAGGACGUGGAGGCCCAGGCCAAGCAGGCGGGUCGGGAGAUCUACUCUCUCGACAUCCCAGACUUCCUCCUGCCGGAGCUCCCGGAGGCGGCCCCAGCUCCCGCCAGGGGAGAGGAGGAUGACGUGGGAAGACCGAAGAGGCGCGGGAAGGCCGGGAAGACCCGGAGCAGGAUGUGGAGGCGGGGGCGCGGCGAGGACAUGCCGGAGGACAUGAAGGCGGAGCCGGAGCUCGCCAAGUACUGGGCCCAGCGCUACCGCCUCUUCUCCCGCUUCGACGAGGGCAUCCGCCUGGACACCGAGGGCUGGUUCUCGGUCACCCCAGAGCGGAUCGCCCACCACAUCGCCCUCCGGGUGAAGGAGAGCUUCGUGGACUCCCACCUGGUCAUCGACGCCUUCUGCGGCGUGGGGGGCAACGCCAUCCAGUUCGCACUCUCCGGGAAGCGAGUCAUCGGCAUCGACAUCGACGCGUCGCGCCUCGCCCUGGCCCGCCACAACGCCGAGGUGUACGGCGUCGCCGACCGCAUCGACUUCCUGCUCGGCGACUUCCUGCAGCUGGCGCCCGGCCUCCGUGGCGACGUGGUCUUCCUGUCGCCGCCCUGGGGCGGGCCGGACUACCUCACGGCCGAGGUGUUCGACAUCAGGACCAUGAUCCAGCCGGAGGGGUUUGAGAUCUUCAGGCUGUCCAAGCUGAUCACCGACGACAUCGUUUACUUCCUGCCCCGGAAUGCGGACAUGAACCAGAUUGCCUCUCUGGCGGGACCAGGGGGGAGGGUGGAGGUGGAGCAGAACUUCCUGAACAACAAGCUGAAGACCAUCACUGCUUACUUUGGGGGGCUCAUCAAGUCCGAUGGCUGACAGUACCCGGUGUUGAUUUUUUUAAGGCUGUUUUUUUUUUUAAACAAAUGUUCAAUGGUUGUCAUUUUUUAAAUUGUGUAUCUGAUUUAUAUUUUCAACAAAUAAAACGGUUAUUUUAUAAUGUGCUUUCAGAAGUUUGCGUUCGUAAGGAUCAACGUACACAUUAUGGCAAGGCUUGUUUAUUUGCUAGUCAGAGUCGUCAAAAACCAAAGAAACAGCAGAAUACGAUUUAUGUCGUGGAACAUAUACAGUGACAAGCCGCUUCAGAGAGAACAGUAGGCCGACGCUCUUGAAAAAUAGGAACGCUAAAUGCAUUGAAAAGAUUUUGAGCCAAAAAAAACCCUUUUUAAAAUAGGAAUCUGUGUAUUGAAAGUAAAAAGUUGUUUGGAAGUAGAUUUAGACACGAGCUGUCAUGUAUUUAAAACUGUUGGGUCAGAAGGAUGAGGUCAGUUCUGUUACAUUGCAUCAUGCCGAGCCAUGGCCUGGUUGCUGAGGCAACCAAAACAAACUGUCAAACCAACACGAAAAUCAUCUUCAGAAAUGUUGUUGAGCGAAGCUGCCCAUAACUACACCCAUAACUAACAGAGAGCACAUCAAGAAAUCGGUACAGGUGGGCUAUACGGCUAACAUAUGUGGUCGACUUAUCGCAGUGUGCAGAAAGUGAGGUGGACCAUGGUGCAUUUACAGUUUGCUAUUUAUCAGAAGGCUUUUCAAGAUGGCCGCCGCCAUCUUUAAGCCACAUGCUAGUGAUGAAGGUGAAAAUAGCCCAAAACAAGUAUUUUUUUUCUUUUUGAAAAUCACAAUUUCUCUUCUACUUCAUGAAACAAAAACAUGAAGUAAAGUAAUUUUGUUUCACAGCUUCACAACAUACUGACAAAUUAACUCAAAAGCUAACAUCGAAAGUUGAUUAUCAGACAUCAACCAGUUGUAUUUUGUCCCUCAAAAAUGUAAUGUUAGUUUAAUGCUUUAUUUGUGAUUUCGGGGGUGAUGGGCCCAAACUUCUUAUUUGUUUAACUUAGUCGAGGCUAAGUUUUUAACUAAUCCAACCAGUUUACGAUGAAAAAACCUCAAUGCUUCCAUGAAAGUGAGACAAUAAACUGCCUAGCGUACAUGUAGGAUAUUAAAGAAACCCAGCAAUAACCUCGAACCACCGGAACGACCCCAACUCAGAAACACAACUGCAGUUUCAGAAACACAACUGCAGUAGCCAGGGCUGUAGCAGUGCGUCUAACUGGUGUAAUGGCUGGGCACCCGCCCAUAACCAGCCUGUCACCAGCCUGUCAGCCCCAGUGGAAUGUAAGGCGUGGUUUGCAUGCAGCUAAAUAUGAUCGUUGAUAUCCAAAAGAUUGUAAAAAAUGAACGUGUGAAGUGCGUUUGUAAUAAACAUCGUGUUGGUGAAGAAAGAGAAAUGUGUCAU